CUUAGAGUGAGUAAUGGCCAAUGCUGUCCUUCCAGUUGCUUCCCAACAUUUGUAACUCCCAGCAAGCUUAGCCAGUCUCUUAGUCACGGUUUACAACAACCGCUGGGACACGGUGAAAGCCGUUGCAAAUAAUUUCGUCGCCUCCCUCGGAACCUAACUCCCAGCCAUUUGUUUCUACUCGGUAACUAUUCUGCUGCACUCCCGCCUCCACAGCGCGCUGGAAGAUGUAGUUUCUAUGGUUUUCGUGGCGGAAGAGAGUGUUUGCAGGACGCGCUUCCGGUUUGUGACGUGUAACGGGAAGGGUCGCUUCCUGCCGGGGACUGAAACCGAUAGAGCGGCUACCUGAAAGGAUAGGAGGGCGAGCUGGUGGGAGACUGAGAUAGUAACUCGCAGCAGUGAGAGGAUUUAGGAUUGUUAGUAAAUACUCUGACUAUAUCGCUACACACCCCCUGCCUUAGGUAAGCUCUGUGUGUGUGUGUAUAUGUAUGUAUAUAUGUACAUUGUGUGUGUGUACAUGGUGUGUUGGGUGUUAUUUGUGUAUAUUACACACUCACUGUGCACAGCUGGCCAGGUACACACUCAUUUAUCUUCCCUUUACUUACAGGCCAAGUCACCAUGAGGUUAUACAGUUUGAGUAUACUUUAUAAAGGGGAUUACAAGGUCCAUCUGCUGAAAAGUGCCUAUGAUUUGUCCUCCUUCAGUUUCUUCCAAAGAUCCAGGUAAGAUGCUCCAUGUGAACCACUUGUGAUUGGUAUAUGUUUUUCACAGUUCCAGAAGUAAUUGCUAUUGACACUCCCGCCAAUGAUGGUAGUCCAUUACAGCUGUUAUUACAGAGGUUAGCCAUCAUUGUAUUACUGGUACCAGCAUAAGAGUGAGACCAUAUGCAAUUCAUCACAAGAAGAUGUGUGCAGUAAAAAAAGUUUAAAGGGACACUAAAGGACAAUAAUAGGGGGUGGGGGCAGAGAUCACUAUAUUGUUAGGAACACGACUUUGUAUUCCUAACAAUCCCAUUAAAAUCUUUAUUUUUUGGUUUGCUUAUGCAAAAGUUUUGUUAUGUGGUUUUAUAUAUGUUGGCCUACAUGAAAACCCAUGCAGGUAUGACUAGUAGUGAUGUCCUGAACGGUUCGCCGCGGACGGCGAACAUAUGCGCUGUUCGGUCCGCCCCCUAUGUCAUCAUUGAGCAAACUUUGACCCUGUACCUCACAGUCAGCAGACACAUUCCAGCCAAUCGGCAGCAGACCCUCCCUCCCAGACCCUCCCACCUCCUAGACAGCAUCCAUUUUACAUUCAUUGUGAAGCUGCAUUCUUAGUGAGCUGUCCAGGAGGUGGGAGGAUCUGGGAGGGAGGGUCUGCUGCUGAUUGGCUGGAAUGUGUCUGCUUACUGUGAGGUACAGGGUCAAAGUUUACUCAAUGAUGACGAAUAGUGGGCGGACCGAACAGCGCAAAUGUUCGCCGUCCACGGCGAACCGUUCGGGACAUCUCUAAUGACUAGUAUUAAAUAAAAUCACCAUUUGUAAUCCGUUCUUGCAUUCUAAUCACUGCAUGUCUCCAUAGUGUCCAGGAAUUUAUGACUUUCACCAGUCAGUUAAUAGUGGAGCGGUCACAGAAAGGAAGUCGAUCAUCUGUGAAAGAGCAAGGUAAGUGAUGGUAAAAAAAUUACUGACUUGGGAAAUAAAGGAGAAUAUGAUUCAAAGAGAAUAGAUCUAGAGCAGCGGUUCCCAAACUGUGUGCCAGGGUAGCGGGGAAUAUUUCCCCGGUGCUAUGAUUAUAGCACCGCGGAAAACAUUACUGCUCAAUAUGGACCCGGUCGAGUGCCGCGGCCCUUUAAGACCGCAACCAGGCCCCUGUAAUGUCGGCCGGCUAGGAUCAAGUGACAACCUGUCCAUUCCUACCAGCGUCAUGCAGGUAAACAGCUUGGGAGGGAGAGGAGCAUGAAGAGCUCCAGACCCCUCACUCUUACAGCAGCAGCAUGACUCCACCACCCUCCUGGCACAUAAGGUAAGCUAACAGGAGGGUGGCUGGAGAUAAAAAAAAAAAAAAAAAUCACGUGUGUAUGUGAAUAUAUCUGUGUGUUUUUAUGUCGGUGUGUAUCUGUGUCAUGGUGGGGGCAUGUAUCAAUGUUUGUGUCAGGGUGCAUGUGUGUAUAUGUCGGUGUGUAUUUAUAUGCAUAUCUGUGUGGAUGUGCAUGAAUAUCUGUGUAAGUACGUAUGUAUGUAUGUGCAUACAUCCAAUUAGUCAAACACCAGCACAACAUACAAGCACACUCCUGCAAUCUAACACAAAUGUUACAUACAAACACAUCCCUUUACUCAAGCACAAAUACUUCACACAAAUGUUAAAAGUGAAUAUUAGAGGGGGCGGGGCCUGACAGCCAAGAUGGCCAGACGUGCUUACUGAGGGCUCUUGCACCAGCAGGCACAAAAACGACUAUUCUGACUACCCAAACAAUGCCAGCUACACGAGACACCCAAAAAACGAAACAGGACCACACGGGGAAUAGAAAGGUACCCGUCCUGCACCGAAACAUGAAACAAGCACCUGAACCGGCCACGCGGCCCACACCAGAGCGGAGCCUGAGGCCUGGGGGAAGCGGCCGAUCUCCCGGCACGGGACCUGCUCAGAAACGGCAAUCGAACACUGCCCUGCUACCCCCCCAUCUGGACCGGCGGGGGUUAUCCUGGUCCUCGCGGGGGUCGACUACCCCAACAACGCGGCUCAAACAAGCGACUAAACCUGCAGCCGAGAGGGACUGUGUGGGCCCAAGCAAGAUGGCGGCACGGACGCGUCUGGCGACAAACAGCACCCUCACCACACCACCCAAGCACACCCUGGAGUUCUUUGACAGGCUCUGUGCCAACAUAGGGACAAAAUUCCGCACCAAGGGCCAGCACUACCACCUGGUGUUGAGGGAAAUGGCGGCAUGGAUUCGCCCGGCUACCCGACGCCUCCUAUGCAGAUACCCACCCCGAGCCUCCAGACAGAGAAAAGGUUGGAGACUGGAAUGGUGGGAAAUGGCGUCAUACCCCCCAGACUCCAGCACUCGCCCUCACACACACCAGAGCGAGACCACCAAGCCUGCCCGACCUACUCACCACUCAGCGGCACCAGAAUCAUUCGACCAACGAAGCGCAACUUAUACUAUCACCGCAAUGCAGCACAUCACCCUACCAGCGACAGACACGGGCGGAGAGACCCUCCAAGACCUACGGGUGACAGAGCAGAGCCGUGGCACCAACUCUACCAAUGUACCUGGCCCACCUGUCAAGCCUCCAGAACUGGCAUUGGCUAAUCAAGAUGGACUGCACCGGAGACGGAAUAUGCUCCUACAAGCCCGUGAGCGGUGAUAAAGCAUUAUCCCACUGUACAGGCUACAACUAAAGCACCGUUCCUAUGUCUAUUAUUACCUCAGCUUGCUAAUGUAAUAUGCACUGCUUGACCGAUUUACUUUGCUCUUGCUCGUUAGCCAUGCUCCUUAUUUAUGUUCUGCUUAGCACUUCUCGUGAUACAAGCACAUAUGCCUGGUAUUAGAAAUAUGUACCUCGCCUGAUAUAUCCACAAACCAUACAGGCAUACGUUAUACCUAAUCGAUAGCUGAAGUAUAUUUUUCAUUUAGCACACACAAUAUCCCCACAUGCCUCCUCGCAUCUACGCAGCCUGUCACUGGGGCAUAGCAUGAUUCACCCACGGCAGCCAGGCCACACACAUGCCAUUCACUCAUACACAACAGGCUACACCUAACAUGCAUUAAGCUACUCUCCCAAUACACUAUCACAAUGACAAUCAACUUAUGCUUAUAAAUGUAUAUGGCAUGUACCUAACUGUUAACAACAACAACAACAAAAAAAUGUGCAGUACUAUAGUGCCAAAUUGUGAAUAUUGAUACACAUAAUAUGCGUGCUGUUGUGGCACACUACACAUGCUUGUUAUUUCCAUGCACAGAAAAAAUAAAGAAUUGAAAAAAAAAAAAAAAAAAAGUGAAUAUUAAAUUCAGACACACCUGUGCAAUCAAACGCAAACAUCUCUUACAAACACACCCCUGUAUUAAAACACACUAAAUGUAUACAAGCACCUCUUCAAACACCAACACUGUACAUUACACUAUAGCGCCAGUAAAUGUGGCAACGCUGUACAGCUAUACAACCUAGAAAUUUUGACUUGGGGUGCCUUGGAAAAAUAUUGAAAUAUUAAGGGUGCCUUGAACCUAAAAGGUUUGGGAACCACUGAUCUAGAGGUUUAGUCACUAAACUCAAAUUGUAGCAAAUAUAAAUAUGAAUGGUAAAAUUUAGGCAAGUAUAGCUGAUUUUGAGAAAUGAUCCAUCUUCCUUGUAUAAUUCUCCAUAGUCUCAAGUUAGCUAUUUUAGAUUAAAUAUAGAUGGGGAGGGAUGGGGUAAUUUAAAAAUGUGUCUGCAAUGGAAAGAGAAGUCAGUACUUGGUCACAUGCAUCUAUUAUGUGCUGUACGUUGUUACAUAUGGGUGACACUGGCAGUGGGAACAAAGAGAGCAUUGUUUUGUUACUCUUGCCUGUUAUCACUCUAAAACCUUCCUUCGGAUAUUAGACAGCUUUUGCAUUAUGCAAUGAGGAGACUAAUAUGUUGAGAUGAAUAUGUUGAUAGUAUGAAAAUUUUAGCUAUCCAUUUUUCAUUUUAUCUUUUAAUAUGUUAAAUUACUAAAAGUAAAAAUAAUGCAAAAACUAAAGGAUGAGAAAGAUUUAAGUAUCCAUUACAAAUCUUCUUUUUUUUUUGUGAUCUAAGUGAAAGAGACACAGGUCGUCUCUUGAUGCUAAUAAGUGUUUUAACUUCCAUUCGAUAUCUUUACACUGUCAGAGUAGUUAGUUUUGGGUACCUUGCAUUCCACCUCACUUAAGGCAGUUAUGAGUGGAACGCAUGUUGGAACAUAGCAUUCUAACACAAUUUGUACCAGCAGGGCUGGGGAUUUCUAGAAUCUAUACUAAGCAGAACCCUGAAUAACUGGAACACAUAUAAGAAUAUUGUUUAUCUGUUUGUGUAUAAAAUCAUAGGCCCGUUUGAUAUUGUUUAUUCUUGUAAUUUCUCAUGAUGUGUAAUAAUAAUAAAAACAAAAAAUCUAUAAAGAAGUUGAUCUAUUUCUUUGCAAAAUCAUCAGUAACACUCACUGUCCAUCAUGCUUUCCCCUCUUACAGAAUAUUUGUGCCAUGUCUAUGUAAGAAACGACUGUCUAGCUGGGGUGGUUAUUGCUGAUACAGAAUAUCCUCAAAGAGUCUGCUUCACCCUGUUGGAGAAGGUAAAUAAGAUUUAUGAAUAAAACUUUGGGACUGCAGUUAUAAAAGUCUGAAGGUUUAUUUUUUGUUUCUUCUUGUUCUUUUAUAGCGUCAUUAUCCAGAAUACUUUUCAUUGCAUUGAUCCCAGAUGGAUGAAAAUUUCAAUUAGGUUUUUCUUUUUGCAAACACAAAUCCCAACAUGAUGAGGCAAACACACACUUUCAUACAUUGUAAUUCACCACACGACAAUUAUACAAAUGAACUGCGAUAGCUGAUCGCUUUGAUCUACAUUUUGUAUAUUUCAAUUAAAAAUUAAUUUCUUUGUCAAUUUAAAAACAAUGAAACACAGACAACAAAUCUAUUCCAAGCACCAUAACUACUAUAGUACACUAGUUCCAGUUGUCCCCGGGCACCUUUAACUAAUAACAUGUUAAAUCUUUUACAUAUUUUCAUACUUAUCUUACUUUGUCAAACUCCUGGGGUCCUUCCAGUCUGAGCUGAUCUGAUAAAGUGUAAGCUCAUUCUUCUGAAUUAUCAUACCAAUUUACACCUGGUUUAACCCCUUAAGGACCAAACUUCUGGAAUAAAAGGGAAUCAUGACAUGUCACACAUGUCAUGUGUCCUUAAGGGGUUAAACAGCUGACACUCUUUCAAUGAGCUAGUCUGCUCUAGAGGGUUUAACUCAGGAGAGCUAACAGAAUCUCUUUAGCAGGAGCUUCCAGUUCUCCUGAAAGCUGUCAUGAGCAACACCCAGGGGAUCCCAGGUAUAAAGUCAAUUCUCUUUCUAUUGGUUUGUCUACUUAUAAUGGGCUGGAGUGUUCCUUUACUUUUGCAAUUUGCCUUCCGCCAGACAGUAAAUGUUUUGUUGUUGUUUUUUCUUUAUUUCAGACAAAUGCUGUAUUUCUAGCUUUAUGAAAAGAAUAAAAUAAAUUUCUUGUUUGUAACUUCUGCUUUACCCCUGAUCCUUGACAAACAACUUACAGUGGCUCUGUCACCUCAGACUUACUUCUUGUAUGGUUUCUUUUUCUCUUCCUCUUUCAGAAUCUGUUGUUCUUGUCUUCAUUUCGGAUCUAUUUCUCAAAAAAAAGACAAAGUAGGGAAUACUGUGACUUAUGUAUUUUUCCUAAGCUUGACAAUUGUCACAGAACUGCCUUUGUCAAGCUAGCAAUUGGUGAAACUUGCCUUAAGCUCCACUCUUUGUCAAGAUUGCCAAGUGUUGGAAAAAUGCAUAAGAUAAAGUAGUCUCUGCUUUCUCUUAUGUUUUAAAGGGAAAUACAUCAGAAAAGAAGAGAUUCUGAACAAGGAUGAGAAGAGGAAACAAUAGGAUAAAGUUAAGUUUGAUGUGACAGAGCCACUUUAACCAUUUCAUAGUUAACUAGGUAGUAUUUUUUUCUUGAUGUACUUGUUUUAGUAUCACAGCCAAUGUAUAUGUAUUUCUCCAGGUGCUUGAAGAGUUCUCCACCCAGGUUGACAGAAUAGACUGGCCAUCUGGCUCUCCCUCAACCAUCCAAUAUGAUGCUUUGGAAUCUUACCUCAGCAAGUAUCAGGUAUUUGGACAGCUUAACAACUUGAAUGCCACACACAUAAAAUAACACAACUUAAAGGGACACUAAUGUGUGCAAUAAACAUAUAUUGAUUUUAACCUCAGUAUGUCAGUGGGGUUUUAGAUUUCAGGGAUUUACCUGUAAUCCAGUGUUGAGACAACCUCUUGUUUGCAACUCAAUAUGCCUUUACUCAUCAGGCCUUGUAAUAUUUCUGUACACUUAAAUGCUUCUCAUUGAAAGCAUUUUGUACUUUCCACAUGUUAUCAGGACUUAAUAUACAUGCCUAUAGUGAAGCAUUGAAUGUUCAAAAUCUUCAUGCAAUGUGGAUGGUAAAUUAAAUGGAUAUCUUAGGGGUCUGUUAAGCCAAGGAUGGUGAUGGGGUAGCUCCCUCUAGGAUGUAACCUUGAGCUAGGAACCCCUCAUGGAGAAUAUAUUUUCAGCACAGCUGGAGGGCUGAUAGGCAACCCUGCAUUAUAUACUUUACAAUGUUGGGUCAUGUCAAUACAUGCUAACCUUACUGGACUUUAACUCUGUUAGGGCAUGUUGACAUCCUAGAGUUUUGGUGGGAGCUGGGAUUCAAACUCUGCUCACACCAAUGAGUUCUACGUAACAAUCGAUACUAUGCUCUCCCCCUGUCAGGAGAUAAAAAGUUCAUGAAACCAUUUUUGUCAUGUAAGCUGUCAGUCAAAGCCAGGAGAGGUGUGGCUAAGGCUGCAUAAAAAGGAACUAAAGUUAUUUAACUUCCAAAUAGCAGAGAAUUGAGCAGUAAGAGGGCAGCGGUGUGAUCUAUACACCAAAACAGUUUCAUUAAGCUACAGUUAUUUCAGUGCUUAUAGUGUCCCUUUAAAGGGUUUAGCAAAUGUGCUGUUAGCCAAACUGAAACAUGCAGUGGUUUAUAACUGAUCAAGAGUCUGGAUCUCAAUGAUAACGAUUUCAACUUCUCAUCCUAACCUAUUCAUUUAAUUAACUACCUCUAUGCCGCUCACAGCUAUUGUUGCAUUUAAUAUUCUCAUUACUAAACCACUUCUGAAAUGUCAUUUAUUUUGUUUACAUUGGAUCUUUCUUAUUAAAUUUCCCAUCCUCAGUUAUUUAGAGAAUGGACUCUUUCCACUUUUCUGCAAAAAUGCUUGCCGCUUGUAAUCACAUCCUUUUUCUGACAUUCCUCAACAAAUUUCAACAAUGAAAUCUGUCAUGUGCUCCAUAACCUUCUUAAUUUGCCAUAUUGGGGGAAGAAUUAAAGGACCACUAUAGUGCCAGGAAAACAUACUCGUUUUCCUGGCACUAUAGUGCCCUGAGGGUGCCCCCACCCUCAGGGACCCCCUCCCGCCCGGCUCUGGAAGGGGAAAGGGUUAAAAACUUACCUUUUUCCAGCGCUGGGCGGAGAGCUCUCUCCUCCUCUCCGCCUCCUCCCCCGCCGGCUGAAUGCGCACGCGCGGCAAGAGCUGCGCGCGCAUUCAGCCGGUCUCAUAGGAAAGCAUUUGCAAUGCUUUCCUAUGGACGCUGGCGUGCUCUCACUGUGAAAAUCACAGUGAGAAGCACGCAAGCGCCUCUAGUGGCUGUCAAUGAGACAGCCACUAGAGGAAUAGGGGAAGGCUUAACCCAUUCAUAAACAUAGCAGUUUCUCUGAAACUGCUAUGUUUAUUAAAAAAUGGGUUAACCCUAGCUGGACCAGGCACCCAGACCACUUCAUUAAGCUGAAGUGGUCUGGGUGCCUAGAGUGGUCCUUUAAUGCAACGCCUACUUGUUUUCAGUUACCAUAAAUGAUCACCUUUAUGGGAAUUUAUGAGAGAGCCUGAAUAAUAUAAAGAAAGUAGUAUUGAUAAUUUAUUAAAACGUGAAGGUAAAAAAUAAUUCCAUCUCUUUGGACUUGGAAACAUCUGCCAGUUCAUAAACUGUCAAUUGCAUCUGGAAUGGAGAAGUCGAUCCGUCACAUUUAUAUCUUUUAUCUUUACGGAGUACAGAAAAUCAUUUGUAUUGAUGAUGUUUUUUUCCUUUUUUUUUUUUUUUAAUUUCCCAGAACCCUCGGGACGCAGAUCCAAUGAGCAAAGUGCAAGCUGAGCUAGAUGAGACCAAAAUUAUACUGGUAAGAACUUUUAUUGUCACACAAAUUAGGUGAAGAACAGCAGAGAGUGAAAUGUGUUCUGUAUCCAAGUCAGAUGAUACAUUCAUGUCAGAGAUGUAUAUAAAAAAAAAAAAAAAAAAAUACUAUUGUGCAUCACCUACAUGUUUCAAGUUGGACAUUGAGAUCUUCUUGAGAUAUGCAGUUGAUGCAUAACAGUAAUGUUUGCAAUUGCACUGGGGUGUUUUAUUGUCUCACCACAUUCUUUUUUGUUACAAACAUUCGAAGUGUUCAUCGGUUUCUCUCUUUGCAGUAGUGUAAUGCUGCAUUUUAUAAAUAUUGUCAUUUGUGUUUUUGUUUUAAGCACAACACCAUGGAGUCAUUAUUACAACGUGGAGAGAAGCUAGAUGACUUGGUCAGUAAAUCUGAGGUGCUGGGAACACAAUCCAAAGCCUUCUACAAAACUGUAAGUGAUUCUAGAGAGAUGAGCUGUGAUGUUAGAGCUAUACUGUAUGUGGGAUGCUUGCAGAUUGUUAAUGCAGUGAAGUUUAGCAGGCUUCUUGUGAAUAAAUGUUGAAGUAAUAUAUAUAUACAGUAUCAUCAAAACAUGUGACAGUAUUUUGUGUCUUGAUGAACAAAGAGUCUGGCUAUUGUAUGGACAUAUAUAGAUGUGUAUGAUGUAUCUUGUAAGGAAGUUCUAAUUAAAGGGAAACUAAUGACAGGAAAACAAAGUUGUUUUCCUGGCACUUGAGUUCCCUACAGUGCAAUAAUUACCAUUGCGUGGUUAAGGGACCCUGGGACACUGUACCCAGACCACGUUAAUGAGCUGAAGUGAUCUGGGCGCCUAUAGUGUGCAUUUAAGUGGGGUGGAAAUAUCUGCUGUCUUAUGAAGUGAACACAGGGGAGAAAAAAAUUAGUGUAUUGUGAAAUGAAUACAUGGGGAGGAUAACUUGUGUCUUAUGUGAUAGACAUAUGGGGUUAGCUGGUGUCUUAUGAAAUAAGUGCAGAGGGCAUAGUCUGGGACUUCCAGAAUGGAUAAAUAUGGGGAUAAUUGACAUAGUUGGGCUAUAUUGAGGUUAGAACAAUUUACAUUAUAUGCAAUUUACGUUAUAGUGGAAAAACAUCUACUAUCAUAUAUAUAUCAAUGCUUUAUUAUUUUACCAGUAACAUGCUAUAACAUGGAUCAUCUCUGAAACACCAAUAAUUUGUUUGUUUCUUCUUCAUCCUUUUCCAGGCACGGAAACAAAACUCUUGCUGUGAGAUCAUGUGAUGCGAGUGCAGUGAAAAAGCUGAUUGAAGGAAAUGAACAAACACUAUAAUGUCAGGGGUGGAGCAGAUGUUCAGACACAACUAGACUUCUUCUUCUCCACCUUUAAAUAGACUGGGGUGCAGUUAGAAGCCCUACUGCCCUGGGUCAGUUUUUUCACUCCAAUGACAAUGAGAGGGGUCUAUUAACAUUGUGUGAUGCGUGUUAUAUUUUUAUUGCAAGACCCAUCCUUCACAAGGUUAAACCCCAACCAUCCAUCGCAGGCCCAGGGAUAAUAUGGAAUAAUCUGAUUACUUCCGAUUCCAUGGGAACAUUCCAUUUUUUGAUGUAAGCUAGCAGAGUAUCUUUGUAAACUGAUAAUGAACACGGUUUGCUAUUUAGGUCAAGCUGAUUAUCAAUAUACUGAUAAAUAACUGUGUGGCGAUGCAGAGCAUCCACAUGCAAUUAUGAUCUCAUUGUGGCACUCAUCAAUACAAAAUUUUAUAGUAAUCCCUUCUCUGUCAGAGGGGUAAGAUGUUGCAAGCUACCCUGGAUGCAAUGGAGCUCUAGCCUAACAGUAGUUAGAAAGGCAGGACCGAUCGAUUCUUUCCUGGAAUGUUCUGACGAAGGAACGUUUGAAUACAGCCUGCAAGAAAAAAACUUGGACUCCAAAAAGUAACCCUUAUACUCCUUAUGCAGAAGAGUUUAAUUAUUCUGUUACCACCUCAGCACAUCACAGGUCUCUAUUCAUCUCUGAAACUGGAUCUGCCAGCAAAGAAAGGGUUAAUUCUGCACCCAGAUCCUGUAUAGAUAAGUUAUUGUAUUUCAGUGUUUUAAUUCUAUGGUUCCCAUUCUCUAGUUAAACAAAAAAAAAAAAAUUCUUUCUGAAUUCUUUACCAUGACAUUGUAUUUUAUUAAAGAUAAUCUGAACUUUUCUGUACAAAAACGUGCAAAUUAAAUAUGAAAUAGAAUCUGCAAAUGUUUCCAAGUGUAGUUGCUUUUGCUUUAUAUAUUGAGACAUGGGAUUCCUCCCUGGAAACAAAGAUCUAUUUUUUUUGUUUUCUCCUUAGUCAUGUUUAAAAAAGAUGAUGCACAACAUUAUUUCUGUUUUAGUUAACCUGGUUAUGUGGUUACGUAUUUAUGAUCCAGAGGAUUAUUCACUAAAGGAUGAGUUUAGUGACCUAAACCCAUGUUUAAACUGAAAAUUGCUCCCAACCUGACUAUUUUGACCUGAGAUCUGUCAGCUCACAGCUUAGUGAAUAAACCCAACAGAUACAGAAAGAGAUUUUAAUAUAUAUAUAUAUAUAUAUGUGUGUGUUUGUGUAAUUAGUUCCAUUUUUAAAAUUGUCAUAAGGCUUUCUAAUAUAGUGAAGCAAAUGCUUUGGUUUUCAGAAGGUACUGGUAACAGUGAGCUGUCUGACAUAACAGCUUGGGAAGUGUGAGAUCUUUACCAUCUCGAUUGAAGAAAGUGCUAGGUGUAGAAGUCUGUGUGUGCUAUUACAGGUGUUAACUGUAAGUGGUACCUUUGUAAAUUGUCUAUGCUGCUUUUUAAUGUGGCCUAAUAAAACAUGCUUUUAUCAAAGACCAUUUGACAUUAGUCACAUGUUCUAGCAAUUCUACACUUUUGGUGUGGGGAUAGAAGAUUAUUGCUGUCACAGUGGGGAAACUAGCAUUAUUCUGAUUGGGAAUAUACACUCUGCUACAUGAGUUUUAGAUUAAUGGGACACUAUAGUCACCUGAACAACUUUAGCUUAAUGAAGCAGUUUUGGUGUGUAGAACAUGCCCCUGCAUUCUCACUGCUCAAUCCUCUGCCAUUUAGGAGUUAAAUCCCUUUGUUUAUGAACCCUAGUCACACCUCCCUUCAUGUGACUUGCACAGCCUUCCAUAAACACUUCCUGUAAAGAGAGCCCUGUUUAGGCUUUCUUUAUUGCAAGUUCUGUUUAAUUAAUAUUUUCUUAGCCCCUUCUAUGUUAAUAGCUUGCCAGACCCUGCAAGAUCCUUCUGUAUGUGAUUAAAGUUCAAUUUAGAGAUUGAGAUACAGUUAUUUAAGGUAAAUUACAUCUGUUUGAAAGUGAAACCAGUUUUUGUUUUCAUGCAGGCUCUGUCAAUCAUAGCCAGGGGAGGUGUGGCCAGGGCUGCAUAAACAGAAACAAAGUGAUUUAACUCCUAAAUGACAGUGAAUUGAGCAGUGAAAUUGCAGGGGAAUGAUCUAUAAACUAAAACUGCUUUAUUUAGCUAAAGUAAUUUAGGGGACUAUAGUGUUCCUUUAAGAUUUUCUAAACAGCUUCUACUUUUAACAGAGGACUGCCACCUAGUGUCACAGUUUGGAAAUGCACAUUUCUUAAUUUCACAUAAAUGGGAGUUUAACAACUAAAUAGUGAAUUUGAGUUGAAUAUGCAACAUGUAUUGUAAAAUUAAAGCAAGAAUGAUUACGCAUUUGGAAGCCAAAAGCAUAGCUUGUUUGGUUGUCAAUUCGCAAUGUACUCUUUUAUGAGCAAACCAUUAACUAGGAAGGCAGGUAGUAGUACCAUAUUGAAUAGAAUGGUACAGAUGUAGUCACAUUUCAGUAAGAAUUAGAAAGGCAGGUUGUCGCUCAUGUGGUUCCCUCUCAGUGCUACAGUGUCUAGCACUUUUAUGUGAUGGGGUUCAGCAACAUAUCAUCAGCUUUGUCAGAUACUCAUCCACAGUUUGCAUAAGAAAUCUCCUUAAAUAUCCAAAAAUCUGCCAAAAUAUCCAUGAGGGUUAGGUUUUACCCAACUCACUUUUGUAUAAUCAAAUAAUACAAAUAUUAGUGUUUUAUUUAUUAAACUGGAAAUUAUGGAAACUUACAAGGCAGUUGGGUUUUUAUUUGCAAGUCGGGUGUGUUUGUUUUUCCGAGAAGCUACUUUGGCAUGAAAUUUGCAGGUCUCCCUAGCAGGGUUUUAAAUUAAAGCCAAAAAGCUGAACUAAAAACAAAUAUAUUCUGUCACCUAUGCUUCCAUUUUGACUACCUUGAAUGUUGAUAUGCACUCUUAAUUCUCACUUUAGUGAAUAACCGUGUAUAAUAUAGUAUUUUCCAAUGGACCGUGUUACUGAUAUACUUUAGUGCAAGGAUUUCCAAGUGGUAGAUCUCUGUUUUGUAGAACAUUUAGACUGGCAAAGCAUAAUAAAAGUUGUAUUUCUGAUGAUAUAACAUUUUGGACACUUCUGCCUUAUGUCAAGGGUGAUAUUACCCAAAACAUGCAUAUCCUUAAUACUUCUAUAAUAAUUUAUUCAUAAGUGUUUCUAACGUGACUGCCUGUGCAUGGAAACACACAUAUUCCGAACAUAAAAUGAAAGACAUUAAUUACAUGGAGAGGUCUCCGCAUGAAAUCUUUUUUUUAAUUUUUUUUACCUGAUGGUAGAAUAUUAAAAAAGGAUAAUGCAUAUGUACUAUACAUAUAAUCUGGUAUAGGCAGAAAGUGGCAAGACUAAUUUUCUAUUACACCUGCUCAGAGGUACAUAUCUAGAUGGCCCUCACAAAAUCAUGGCACUGGACCUAUUUGGGGGAGAGCGCAAAGAGACCUCAAAUAUAUUGGAAUUUAUUCUCUAAUCUGUAAAGUGUAGUGAAUUAACAAUUGAAUGUUAGACCAAAAAAAAAAAAGUUUUUUUUUAAUUUUAAUCUCACUACUUUUAAUGUGUGGUAAUUGCAGCCCUGUAUAUUUUGUCAAGUUAUAAAAAAAAGUACAUGUAUAUUAUAAUGCAACAUGCAUUUUAUCGUAGUUUUUAUUUGAAUAAGAAGAGUUCCUGCAGUAAGUAACAUACCAUUUAUAAACAAGUUAUAUUUUGCUAGUGUGUGUGUGUGUGUGUUUAUUUGAAAGUUGGUGAUUGUGGAUUUUGAGUGAUUUUUCUAUCGCAUUGUAAUUGUGGUUUUCUUCAAU